AUGCACCUUGGGCGUUUAUGCGCAGUAUUCGAUCUCCCAGCACAGCUUAUUGCUUCCCUAUCACUAAAGGCUACUGGCGCGCAAUCUCCCGUUCCUCCAAAUUUAGACGACCGCCAUAAAACGCUAGACCAAACGGAGCGGUCAGAUGGAGCGACGGGCGUUACGACAUGUUCAUUGUGCGAUGUAUCCUUCCAGGACGUCCAUGAACAGAGGGACCAUGUAAAGUCAGACCACCACAGAUACAACUUGAAAUCGCGAUUGCGAGGAACGCCAGUGUUAAAUGAGGUCGAAUUCAAUAAGGCGAUUGGAGAGUUGGAUGAAUCGAUAUCCGGGUCUGAGUCGUCAUCGGACGAAGAAGAGGAGGUAGAAGAAAGACAAAAACCACCUGAUACAACGCUUACGGCGCUCCUUAAGAAACAGGCCAAAAUAUCAUCUACGGCAGAAGCGGAGGAGAUAAUAGCGAAACAAACAAGAAACCCUGGGAAGCAUCCGUUGCUAUGGUUUUCAAGCUCUUUGCUCCCCCAGGCAACGUCCUUGGGUAUAUAUCGAGCCCUUUUCACCAACACAGAGCAAGAAGAAACCGACCAUUUAUUAGAAUCUCUGAGGAAUAAGCAAUACAAGGCAUCGCUGUAUCAGCCAAACAAAACUUCCCAUACCAGUGAUACAACCAACAAACUCCAACAGCCCAGUCCCUACGUGUUCCUGUGUAUGAUUGGCGGCGGGCAUUUUGCGGCAAUGAUAGUGGCCUUAGCGCCAGAGACAAUAAAGAAACCCGGUGGAAUUGAGGAGCGGCAGGCAAGGGUACUCGCUCAUAAAACAUUUCAUCGAUACACAACAAGGCGGAAACAGGGUGGCUCCCAAUCCGCAGCUGAUGCGGCACAUGGAGCUGCACAUUCCGCAGGUGCGUCGAUCCGAAGAUACAACGAGGCUGCAUUGCAAGCUGAAAUCAGACAGUUGCUGGGAAGCUGGAAGGAAAUGAUCGACCAAGCACAACUGCUCUUCGUAAGGGCGACGGGAAACAUGAAUCGGAGAAUUUUAUUUGGGCCGUACGAUGGACAGGUGCUCAGGUCUUCGGAUUCCAGACUUCGCGGAUUCCCGUUCACAACCCGGCGAGCCACGCAGGGAGAACUUAUGAGAGCAUUCACCGAACUUACUCGUGUAAAAGUUAGUCACAUUGAUGAAGCGGCGCUUGCACUAGAGGCCAAAAAGCCGAGUGAAACAAUGUCCAAAUCAUCCAAAUUAUCCAAACCAUCUUCACAGCAGUUACAACAGCAACAGCAAAAACUAUCCCAAGAGGAUGAGACAAUGAUAUUACACUCUUCCCAAAUCCAAGCUCUAAUCCGCCGUUCAAAAGUCCCCGCGCUAAUAUCCUAUAUCACAAACAACUCCAUCCCUCCAUCCUUCACAUUUCACCAAUCCUCUUCCCAGCAAAUGCACCACUCGCCAACACCUCUUCAUCUCGCCGCAAGCUCCAACUCUCCCGCAACCGUCCUUGCCCUCCUCACAAAAUGCAACUCAGACCCCACCCUCUUAAACGGAGAGGGCAAACCACCCUUCGACCUAGCGGGCGACAGGCCCACACGCGACACCUUCCGCGUCGCCCGCCACGAGCUUGGCGAAUCGAAAUGGGACUGGGACGCCGCCCACGUCCCACCCCCGCUAUCCAAGACAGAAGCGGAGAACAGAACAGAGCGCGAGAGGCAGGCGGCUGCAGAUGCAGAGGCUAGCAGGCGAAAAGCUGAGGCAGAGCGUUUGAAACGAGAGGAUGCUGAAAGGGCUCUGGGAAAUCGAAAGAAGGCGGGCGGGCAACGCCUGCUGGAGAAGACCGGUGCAGAGAAGCGGGAGGAGGAGAUGAGAGGGAUGACGCCGGAGAUGCGGACGAGGCUUGAGCGGGAGCGGCGGGCGAGGGCUGCGGAGGAACGGAUUCGAAGAAUGCAAGCCGGCGGCGGGUUGUAA